AAGAAUGACCUCAAUGGCCAAGGCGGGAGAAGACCGGUCCCUGUGACAAUACUAAACAUACACGUUGUUGGUAGUUAUUGCUUUAUUCGGCGUCAUCUGUUUUUGCUUCCAUUCAGAGAGAGCUCUUCUGUGACCAUCUUAACCCCAAUCGCGGGCUCAGCCAUCUUAUUUCAUUUCGAACUUUUCUUUACCCCACGACCACCCCUCCACCUUUCCUUCUCCAACUCUUUCUUGAGAUACCCACGAAACUUUUGCACAAUGUCUGAGAAUCCAGAGACUGCCCCUGCUGCAGGCUCCUUGGCUGACCGUGUCACCAAGCCUGACGAGUCGAUUCCCACCGCUAAUAUCCUCUUUGCUUUCACAGAUCCCUCCAAUGUCUCCACCAUUCCUAAGGAGGAUGGCGCCUCUGGCCCCGCGCAGGGCUCGGCAGAUCUCGAGGAGCCUGACUACACCGUCGCGGUGAAAUUGAGUGACUUACAAGCGGACCCCAACAACCCCCUGGAUGCGCGCAUUCUGAAAGGUCUCUCCACCAUGAACUUCCGCAAGCCGUCCAAGGUCCAGGAGCGUGCUCUUCCCCUUCUGAUGAGCAAUCCUCCGAAGAAUUUGGUUGGUCAGUCGCAGUCUGGUACCGGUAAAACCGCAGCCUUUGUCCUCAACAUUCUUAGUCGUCUUGACCUCUCAACGGAGCAGUCGCAGAUAACACCCCAGGCUCUAAUCCUCGCUCCUACCCGUGAAUUGGCCCGCCAGAUUGUCGGAGUGAUCCAGAUUAUGGGUCAAUUCCUUGAAGGCCUCAUCAUCGGAACUGCUGUUCCUGCCGAUUCUAAUGCUCGCCCGACGAAGAUGGAUUGUUCGGUUGUGGUUGGCACACCUGGUACUGUUCAGGAUAUGAUCAAGAAGCGUAUCAUGAACCCUACCGGUUUGAAGGUGCUUGUCCUGGAUGAGGCGGAUAACAUGCUUGACCAGCAAGGCCUGGGAGACCAGUGUAUCCGGGCCAAGGCGAUGCUUCCCCGAAAUGUUCAAAUUGUCCUGUUCUCGGCGACCUUCCCAGCUCAUGUCUACCGCUAUGCGGGCAAGUUUGCUCCUGCCGCCAACGAGAUUACCCUCCAACACGAGGAGUUGACUGUUGAGGGCAUCAAACAACUCUACAUGGAUUGCAGCACUGAUGAGGAAAAGUAUCAGAAUCUCGUUCAGCUUUACGGACUGCUCACUGUCGGAUCCUCAAUCAUUUUCGUUCGGACCCGUGCCUCUGCCGUUGAGAUCGAGAAGCGUAUGGUUGCUGAGGGCCACACUGUGGCCUCGCUGACUGGUGGUGUCGAGGGAUCCCAGCGUGACGCGGUGAUUGAUUCCUUCCGCAGCGGUGAAGCUAAGGUUCUCAUCACAACCAAUGUUCUCGCUCGUGGAAUCGAUGUCUCUACAGUUUCCUUGGUCGUCAACUACGAUAUCCCCGAGGAGUACUCUGGCGGCCAGCGCACCAACACACCCGACUACCAGACCUAUCUGCACCGUAUCGGUCGUACUGGUCGCUUUGGUCGCAUUGGCGUGGCAAUCUCAUUUGUUUCCAACCGGAACGAGUGGGAGAUGCUUCGCAAGAUCCAAGAGCACUUCCAGUGCACCAUCGACCGCAUUGAUACUAGCGACUGGGAUGAAGUGGAGGAGAUGAUUAAGAAGACUAUCAAGAAUACCCGAGCUCAGGCCAACUUCGCCCAAGGUAACUAA